UGCCAUUAAAUACUGCUAUAUUAUUUGGUCUCUUGAACCCAUUGCUUUAAAAUCAUCCAAAUAAUAAUAAUAAUAAUAAUAAUUUUCAACAAAUUUUUUAAAUACUAAAAUGGCUGAAUUACCAAUUCAUAAAAGUCGUCGUGCAUCUGCUGAAGAAAAAGCUAAAGAACUUGAAGUAAUACGUGGUCUUGUUUGUGGAAAAAAUAUUGUUAUAACUGGUGGUGCAACUGGAUUGGGUUAUUCAUUUGUUAAUCAUUUUUUGCAUCAUGGUGCUAAGCAAGUUGCAAUAAUUGAUGUUGAUGAUGAUGCUGGUAAACGUGCUAAAAAUGUUGUUGCCAAAUCAUAUGGUAAUGAUAAAAUAAUAUUUAUCAAUGCUGAUACAUCAAACUACUCACAAAUUUAUGAUGCAUUUAAAAAACUUUCAACGAUGAUGGAUAGCAUUGAUAUUGUUGUUAAUAAUGCUGGUAUACUUGAUGAACGUAGAUGGGAAAAAGAAAUAUCAGUUAAUAUUGGAGGAAUGAUUAAUGUUGCAACAUUGUCUAUGAAAUUUAUGGGAAAAGAUCAGGAUAAAAAUGGUGGUGUACUUGUUAAUAUUGGACAAUAUUUUGAUAUUAAAAGAACAGCACAAUUACCAAUUUAUACAGCAACAAAAUAUGCAAUAAUUGGAUUGUCACAAUCUCUUGGUUCACAAUUUCAUUAUGAUAAAACUGGUGUAAGAGUCAUUGCACUGUGUCCUGGAUUAACUGAAACAGCUUUGACAAUUGACAGUCCAAAUAGACUUUUAUCACGAGUCAUGAAAGCUGAUUUUGUUAAAAAUCUUGAAGAAUUGUCAAUUCAAACACCAUUUGUUGUAUCUGAAGGCUUGAUGACAAUUUUAAAAUCAGCUGAAAGUGGAAGUUGCUGGGUUGUUGAUAAUGGCAAAGCUCCAUUUGAAAUAAUAACACCAAAUUAUAAAAUUCUCAAAAGACGUUUUAAAAAUAAUUAUCCAGCUGUUGUAAAUAAUGAAAAAACUCGAGGAAGACCAAUUAUCGAUUUAUCUGAUAACAUGAAGACUGGUUUAAUGAGCUGUGCUUGAUAAAGUGGCAGACUAAACACAGACUGCUAUCAAAAUUUAAUUAUAUUACAUAUUAUAUUAAUUAACAAUAAAUCUUGUAAAUAAAAAAGAUAAAUUUCCAUUAAAAAUUGUUUUAUUUAUACACAAUCAGAGGUUCACAAUAAACUCCAUUUGGCUACUUUAUUUUAUUUUUUUUUUAAUCCAUUUUUAUUAUUAUUACUCGC